UCAGAAAGCAAAGUGCAAUCGUCCGAGUUGGUCGUCAAGUUGGUUUUCUACGCGCGUCCGCGACUUUCCUACCGAUUCUCUCUCUGUAAGUGACUGACUGUGACCGUGUGUGUGUGUGUGUUCGUGCGCCGUGUGGCCAUAAUUCGGCCAUUUGGGCAGUUCUACGGGGCGUUGCGGACCGGAUUCCGUUCCAGAUUCUUCGGUCUCGAGUGGGUUCCCGUCGGAGGAACGGUUUUUGCGGGACUUUCGGUGGCGAAUCGGUGCCACUUUUUCCUUCCACCGUCGGAACAACGGAUCAGGAUGGUGGAACCGAUUGCUGAUUGUGCCGUGGUUGUCCUCUGAGAGAUCCAGAGGGACGGAAGUGUCGCGCGGAGCGUGCCAGCAAGGAUUGACCGGGACCGGUUCCGUUGUUUGCGUGAAACCACCCCGGAGAAGAAGAAGAAGAACAAGAAUAGUGUUGUGUCGAGAGUGCAAAUCGUGCUGCGGGCUGAAUAUUUCAAAGUUACAGUAUUCAUCCGUCGUUGUCGAGAACAACACAUGCAAAACAGUUCCAUACACUCAUACGAAAACAGUGUUGAAAUCUUUUUUGAUCGGGUUGUUUGUUGGAUAAAUCCCACCACACGGUGAAAACGCAGCAACCAGCGAAAAGUUGAACACAAAAACCGUCAUCGCAGCCGCCACCGCCGUCGUCAUUACCAUCAUCAACGGAGGGAAGUCGACGACGACGACGACUACUACGAUUACGUCAAAAUGGCGCAUCAAAUGAUGCCCCAGUCAGUGAACUGCUCACUGGAUGAUAUCGAUCUGAACGCGUUGAAGGACCCCGCCGGGAUCUUCGAGCUAAUCGAAGUGGUCGGAAAUGGAACCUACGGACAGGUUUAUAAGGGUCGCCACACAAAGACUGGACAACUCGCUGCCAUUAAGGUGAUGGACGUCACCGAGGAGGAGGAGGAGGAGAUCAAGCUGGAGAUCAACGUGCUCAAAAAGUACUCCAACCACCGGAACAUUGCCACGUACUAUGGUGCAUUUAUCAAAAAGACGUCCGCCGGCAAGGACGACCAGCUGUGGCUGGUGAUGGAGUACUGCGGGGCCGGUUCCGUCACCGACCUGGUCAAAUCGACCAAGGGCCAGAGCUUGAAGGAGGAGUGGAUCGCGUACAUCUGCCGGGAGAUCCUGCGGGGGUUGAGCUACCUGCACACGAACAAAGUGAUACAUCGGGACAUCAAGGGCCAGAACGUGCUCCUGACGGACAACGCCGAGGUCAAGCUGGUGGACUUUGGCGUGUCGGCACAGCUGGACAAGACCAUUGGCCGGCGGAACACCUUCAUCGGAACGCCCUACUGGAUGGCGCCGGAGGUCAUCGCAUGCGACGAGAACCGGGACGCCACCUACGACAAUCGGUCCGACCUGUGGUCGCUGGGCAUCACCGCACUCGAGAUGGCCGAGUCACAGCCUCCGCUGUGCGACCUGCACCCGAUGCGUGCGCUCUUCCUCAUUCCCCGCAAUCCGCCGCCCCGGCUCAAGUCGAAGAAGUGGUCCAAGAAGUUCCACGGAUUCAUCGAUACGGUGCUAGUUAAAGACUAUCAUCAACGGCCUUACACGGAACAGUUGCUGAAGCACCCGUUCAUCAAGGAGCAGCCCACGGAAAGACAAGUGCGGAUACAGCUGAAAGACCAUAUCGAUAGGUGUAAGAAGCGCAAGCAGGAAAAGGAACGGGACGACUACCGGUACUCGGGCUCCGAGAACGAGGAGGAGGAACUGCCUACGGCCGGGGAGCCCUCGUCGAUCAUCCAGGCGCCCGGCGGUGACACGCUGCGGCGGAACUUCCAGCAGAUCCAGGAGGGCCGGACGCUAAUGCAGAACGCCGAACAGCAGCAGCCGCCGAACGCCAACCGGAACCAGAAGCCACAGCAGCGAGACGAGCGGAGUAAACAGCAAUCGGUGGAGGAGCCCGGUCCUCCGUCGCGGCCAGUUCUACCUCAGCGGUUGAUAGUGGUACCGGACCCGCCGGCCAAUGCCAACGCGAACCGGCCGCUGCCACCGACGCCUCGGUCCGGCAGCGGAUCGUCCUCCCAGCAGCAAGCGCAACAACAGCAGCCAUCGUCCCAGCAGCAGACGCCUCAGCAACCCCCGCGAAACUCCCAGAACAUCUUCAAGCCAAUGCUGCCACCACGACGACCAGAGGAUUUGGACAUGUUAGCCGCACAACUAAAUGAAUUGGGCGUCUCCCAACAGUCACAGCCUCAGGCGCAACCGGAAGCCCCGCCCCGGAACAACCGGCAACAGUCGUCGUCUCAGUCACAGCCCCAGCAGCAGCCGCUUCCCCAACUCCCUCAGCAGCAGUCCAGCGGAAGUGGUAAGCCCGGGGUUGGCAGUGGUGCCGCCAACGGCAAUAACAAUAACAACAAUCACCACCACCAUUCGAGCGGCGGCGUCGGUCAACCGAUCAACCCGCUGGAUCCGAUCGAGAGCUCCGACUCGGACUCGGAACCGGAAGAGCCGAACGAUCGGGCGCGGAACGACGGCACGCUGCUGGCCAGCGACCCGCCGAAGCCACUUCCCGAAUUCUCCUAUAGGCCCGGCGGACUGGGAGUGCUGGCCGAGUCGGACCAGAACAACCAAUCGGCGACGACGACCACACCCGGGGGCAGCGUGCUUUCGCCUCCGGGUGGCGGUAGUGGGGGUGGUGGUGGCGGCCCCCCGAACCGACCCCUGCCACCCACGCCCGACGACGACGACGCCCAGGGCGACCGGACGCUGAUCAAGAGGAUUUUUAACGUUAAAUGGAAAAAUUUCGAGAUCCAAAACAACUACGACAACAAGUCGACCUCGUCGAUCGGAACCACGACCUCCUCGACCGGUUCCACCGGCUCGACCCCGUCCGAGUGCGAGGAAGCCGUCCUGCUGCGGGACUGGGACUUUGAGCGAUUCUUUCCGUCCAACGAGCGACCACGACCCCACCAGCGCCACUCAAUGUCCGACAAGUCCUCGUCGUCUUCGCCGGCCGAAUCCAGCAGUCGGCUGAACGGUGCCGCAGGCCAAGGCCUGGACAAGUUCCGCAAGGAGCGCGAAAACAGCAAAGUGUCCAACCUGGCGUACGCCGAAAAGAAAAAGGUCGAAGAGAUGAACAACAAGAUCCGGCUGGAGGAACGGGUCAAAAGUGAGAUCUUUGCCCGCCAGUACCGCAGUCAGCAAUCUCCCGGCAAGUCCGGCCCGCAACAACAGUUCCUUGCUCCGUCCCAAUCUCACAAACGUCAGGAGUCUGACUCUAAACUCUCGCUCAACUUUGUACGCGGCUUCCGGCGGGAAAACUCGGACUUUUUCCCACUGUCCAAGCGCCACUCGGCCAUCCUCGGAGACCAGAGCGCACCCACCGUCGUCGGCGGUGGACUCGGCAAGCAAAUGUCCUCCAGUGCGAUCCACCAGCAACUUCAGCACCAACACCCCCACCACCAGCAACGGUCCAGUGCCAUAUUCUCGCGGAACCGAGGCACCUCCAAGGGCGAACCCAUUCUGACGGACUUCACCGUGACCAAACGGGGCGCCGAUGGCGAUGACCACAGGCCGCGAACGCCUCCACGGCAAACGACGACGACGGCCGCUGCUGCUGCUCCCGCCUCCAACGGCCGGCAAGCCACUCCGGCGUCCCGAAAUCUCGACUUCCUGAGGCCUCGCCGCGAGAAAACCGAAUCCGUGAUUUUUGUGCGUAAUUCGCCCACGCGGCAGCAACUGAUCGACAGUCAGAACCGAGUCGGCGGCGAAAACAGCAGCCUGGGAACCCCUGGCCAACGCACCAGCAGUGUCCUGCCGGAUCUACUGAGCCAAGCGUCCCCGGCGACGCCACCCCGCCACGACAAGUCCGCCAGUGAAGAGUACCGGGCAGCCGUCAGUUCCUCCGUCAAUUCCACACCCUCCAAAUCCUUCAUCGGCCAGAUCAACAACAACAACAACAAUGGUGGCCAUCAUCAUAACAACAACAACAACAACAACAACAACAGUAGCAACAACAACAACAUCAGCCACAGCAAUAACCAUAACCUUAACAAUAGCAGCGGCGGCGGUGGCAACUCGUCGCCCAACUCGACGGUGUCGAACUCGUCCUCUUCCUCCCACCAUAACAGUCCAAACCACUCGAUUAACAUAAGAAAACUAAAUAUCCAUAACCAACUCUUGCAUAGUAGCAAUAAUAACAACAACAAUCAUUUACCUCCCUAUCAACAACAUCUGUUGCACCACCACCACCAACAACAACAACAACAUCACCACCUUCAACAACAAUCGUCGCAACCGGCGUCGCUAAACUCCGGAAUCGGUGCCGGAACGCCCCUGCCCCUCCCCCCGUACGCACUGGCUCUGCAACAGAAGCAGCGGAGCUUCCUGACGUUCGGCUUUAGCGCGGGUUCGGGCGGUUCGGCGGCCACGCGGCGUGAAAGCCACGUCAACGUCAACGUGACGCCGACCUCGCACGACGCCGCCAGCGAUACGCCCGAGAUUCGCAAGUACAAGAAGCGCUUCAACUCGGAGAUUCUGUGUGCGGCCCUGUGGGGCGUCAACCUGCUGAUCGGCACCGAGAACGGGCUGAUGCUGCUGGACCGGUCUGGCCAGGGAAAGGUGUACCAGCUGAUUUCGCGCCGGCGGUUCCAGCAGAUGGAGGUGCUCGAGGGCCAGAACAUUCUGGUCACCAUUUCCGGCAAGAAGAACCGCGUCCGCGUGUACUACCUGUCCUGGCUCAAGUCCAAGAUUCUGCGAACCGACGGAAUGGGAGAUCAACAAGUGGAGCGCCGCAACGGGUGGAUCAACGUGGGUGAUCUGCAGGGUGCGGUCCACUUCAAGAUCGUCAAGUACGAACGGAUCAAGUUUCUGGUGAUUGCGCUCAAGGACUCAAUCGAGAUCUACGCGUGGGCGCCCAAACCGUACCACAAAUUCAUGGCAUUUAAGAGUUUCGGUGAGCUGAUGCACCGCCCGCUGCUGGUCGACCUGACCGUGGAGGAGCAAACCCGGCUGAAGGUGAUCUACGGCUCGGCGGAAGGCUUCCACGCGGUCGACCUCGACUCGGCCACGGUCUACGACAUCUACCUUCCUAAGCAUACUCAGGGUCCAAUCUCGCCGCACUGCAUCGUGACGCUGCCCAACUCGAACGGCAUGCAGCUGCUGCUGUGCUACGACAACGAGGGCGUCUACGUGAACACGAUGGGCCGCGUCUCCAAGAACAUCGUGCUGCAGUGGGGCGAAAUGCCGACGUCGGUCGCGUACAUCGGCACCGGCCAGAUCAUGGGCUGGGGCAACAAGGCAAUCGAGAUCCGGUCGGUCGAGACCGGCCACCUGGACGGGGUGUUCAUGCACAAGAAGGCCCAGCGCCUCAAGUUCCUGUGCGAGCGCAACGACAAGGUGUUCUUCAGCAGUGCCAAAGGUGGUUCGUCGUGUCAGAUCUACUUCAUGACGCUGAACAAGCCCGGUAUGGCCAACUGGUAAAUCAGGACCACCAGAAGGAUGACGACGAGUAGGAAUGCGCGAGAACCAGAGUGAAUGUGGCAGUGUGUUAUUCGUUUAUUUUUAUUUUAUUUUUGUUCGCGUGAGAAUCGUGAGAGUCAAAAAACAUUUACCCGUUCUAUACAAUUUACAAAAAGCAAGUAAACCGUGGGGAGGAGGAGAAACCAACAAGCCGGCGCAGCCAGUGUGCGCUGUGUAACAGUAAGUCAUUCAAAUGGUGUUUUAUACAAAAGCUCUUUUAUGGUAGUUUCGUUGACUUUUCUUCCCGGUAUUUAAAGAAUCUACGAGUAGGCAAGCAAGCUCUAGCAUGCAGCAGCAGCAGCACAGAACGUAAAGCAAGUAAAACAAACAUGUGUUAGUGAGACAAGUGUAAAGCAGAAAUCGUAUAUAUUACUUAUACUAUUAAGCGAUUAAGAAGAAAAAAAAAAGCAAAUCAAGAAAGGAUUGAAGCGAGCAGUCCUUUACGUAAAACAAAACAUGGUUUUCAAUUCCCCGUUUCCCCUUUUAUCCUUCCCUGCAACCAAGAAAGCAAAAAAAAAAGUUCGCGAGAAAGCUUUCCUCCCUCCCCUUAAACCACAAUCAAAAUCUACUUCUUCCUGUGCGCGCACGUAACUGCAAAACACACCCACAUCAAUCAAACACAAGCACCUCAGCGCUAAUCAAAUUCAGUGUUCUUCUUUGUCGUAUUUUUCCCCCCAUCGAUUCAGUUGCCGCUUAAUAGCUUCCAUUACCCUUCAUCGCGUGAAGUACUAGAUUAGACUGUGUACAUUUUGAAUUACUUUUUGGUAUGACUUAAUAAGGGCGUCGCCACCAUUUCUAUAAUAAAAUGCUUCAAUAGUAUGAAACUUGUCAUAAAUAUUGUUAUUUUAAAGAGUACAAAUUUUAUAGCGGCGAAAAUUAGUCCUUUUGCUGAUUUGAUUCUCACUGGCUUGCCUCCGAGGAUAAAAGAUUUAAAAAAAUAGAAAUAUGAGACACUUGAAACAAUUGUAAUUAAAUAUUAUGAAUUUAAAACUUACAAAACAAACAAAUUCAAACAUUUAUAAAUUCAAAAAAUUAUAAAACAUAUUUUUAUUUAAAUUAUUUACAUUAAUGACAUUCGAGACAUUUGAUUUCCUAGAAAUUUCAACAUUUAAUGUUAAAAAAUGGAAUAUUCAAAAAUUUAAAGUAUUUCGUUAUUUUAUUAUUCCAAUAAUUGUAUUUCUGAAUUUCAACGAAAAUUAAAUUUAGAAAAAUCUUUUUUUUUAAAUAAAAAAAAAACGAAAAGAAUUAUUAUGCAAGCAUUUUAAAAACAUUUUUUUUAUUUUUGUUUUUUUUUAUCUUGAAAAAUAUAAGAUUUGAUGUCUAAAAUUAUUUUGGCGUCAGUCAAUAAACUAAAGAAAUAUUUAUAUUUUUUCAUUUGAAUUGUUUAAAUUCCUAAGAUUGGUUUUUUCGAUUGUUUUUCCUUUUUUAAUUUGGAUUAUUUUUUAUUUAAUUUUUCAAUAACAGUGCUAUCGCUUGUUUCGCAACACCGGAUUUUGGCAACAAUUUCUUCAAAUAUUCCCGAUUUUGGCAACACCCAAAUUAAUGUGACAUUUUUGGUCUCGUUAUACUUUCAAAUCAUAAAUUAAUUAGUUGUGACUCAAACUAUAAUUAGUUUGAAUGCAAAUAAUUUAUUUAAUCAUAAAUUAUUUAUUUAUAAAACAAAAUUUUAUUCAAAUUACAUUAAUGAAAGACAUUUGAAACCCCAAAAAAAUCAAUUAAAAAAAUAUUCAUAAGAUUAAAGUAUUUAAAAAAAUAAGCGUUUGUAUUCUAAAAAUUUAAAAUUACAAGAAACAAAAACAAUAAACGUCUAAAAUAACUGCAAAAAUUAUAUUGAUUCUAAAUUUAGAAAAAAAUACCUUGAAUUUAAGAAUUUGAAAAUUCAUAAGAUUAAAAAAAAACUAUUCAAUUCAGAGAUUUGGAGAACCUUUCAACUGAGAUCAAUUCAUAAGCCUUUGCUGGGAGGGUACAUAUUUCUACGUUUAGAUUUUGCUAGCUGAGACUAUCAUUUUUUGUAAUUUUUGAAUUUUCAAUAUUUUUGAACAUAAAAAUAGAUAAUUGUUCAUUUAAAACAUAUUUUUUACGUUGAAUUGUUUUAUUUUUUUUUUCAAUUAUUUAAUUUGGAUUAUAUUUUAUUUUUUUAUUAUCAUUCUUUUAAUUUUUUUAAGGUAUGAAAAAUUCAACUUUUCUUUUAUUUUCCCAAAUUUUAAAAAUUUUGGUUUUUUGGUGUAUUGUUGAAGAAGAGGAAGACAUCAACUUAAAAUUUAAUUAGCAUUGGCUUGAUUUGCUUGCUUUUUUAAAUUUAGAAAAAAAAAAUAAGUUUUUUCUUGUAGCAGUGUGAGCUUUUCAUCGGGUGCAAAAUCUGAUUCGCUCUUGUGUUUGCCCCCAGCAGUGGAGACACCCUUAAACGUCAUUGUAGUAUUUCAACAAAACAAAAAAACAAAGUUUGGUGAUUUGCUAGCGAGCAAAUUUAAUUGGCAGUAUCAAACCAAAAAAAAAUACUUCGAUCGUUUAACAACAGUCGGUGUCAAACCAUUGAUGUUUUAGUUUAUGUUUUUUUCUAAUCUAGUACUUCGCUAACACCUUAACUCUGAAGCUGAUAAGUAAGAUGGAGCUUGGAACGCAAGGUGCCCUUUUCCGUCGUUAUUUUUCAUCAAACCCCCUUAAAACCAACCAUGAAAACGGAGCCAGUUUUUUUUUCCUGCGAACCCAAACCAGAGACUCCACGAAAAUUCCGAGCGAAUUCCAGACACGUGUUGUUGCGUGGUAGUCCAACCUUAAUUUUUUCACCGUCUCGCGCAAACUGUGCCGACGAAUAAAAAGUUAGUUUAUUUUAUAUUAUUUGUUUGGUUUUAGAGAAUCUUUUUUUUAUGUACACAAAAACAACAAGAAGCGAAAGAUUGAUAUUUUUAUUUGUUUAUUUUUUUUUAUUAUAUACAACGCUAUACUUUUUUUUCUCGCUUAUAAUCGCACUAUAACUGAGGAAAGCAACCUUGUUUGAAAAUUUGUUGUCGCGUCCAAACCACUGGUUGUACUAUUUCAUCAAUCUCACCGUUCAUGUUCUCUGUGUUUCCUUACCUUGAGUUAUUUCAACAAGUGCCAUUUUCUGUUUUCGCUAUUUAUUCCUGUUUUUUUCCUCUCCCAAGUUGUGUGCAAUAUCUGUCCCCGGGUCAUUAUACCGUUGCUUGAGUCAAUCUGAACAACAACAACAACAAACAAAACGAAGUCUGAGCAAAAUUCGAUUGGAAACCGAUCUAUCACUUUGCGCAGUUGGAGAGCAUUUUUUUAAACAUUGAAGCAACAAACACAUGUGCACUCACUAAACAGCAGUAGAUGGUGGCGCAAACAAUAGUGCAGAUAGCAGUUUAUGAAACACACACUCAAACUCUCACACACGAAAGCGUUUGUUUAAUUACAGUUCUAGCGGAUAAUAAAGAAAAAAAUACAAUAGAUAAUUGUAAGAAGGGAAAACGAUAGAAACAAAUUUUUUAAAUAGAGAAAGAAAAAAAAACAGAAAUCCAAACAACCAUUUAGGAACAGAAAAGAAACCGGAAAGGACGAACGUGUUUUUGCAGGUUCACUCACACACCAUACAGUAAUAGCGGAUCGUGUAAAGAAAUGCCUUCAACCAAUAUUAACACACACAGAUUCACAUAAAAAAAAGAAAUGAAAACACAACAGUGAUAGUUCCACCACAUUCAGCAAACAUUUUCGCGACCCGUUAGUUUCGUCACCCUCACACACACACACCAUCAUCAUUAAUCCAUUUAAACGUAUAUAUUCCCACUCUCAUAAACCCACACACACACACACAUGCAAACGCCCAAAAUCAGCUACACACACAAACACUCACUAGUAUUCUUAGAGGAAGCAAAGAAACACAAAUUUAUCACUUUCAUAUCUUUAUUAAAUUAGGCGUACGCUUUUCUCGAAUAAUAGCAAAACGAAAAAAGGAAAAAUCAUACCCCACUCCACACACGCUGCUGAACAAAGUGUGUGAAAGAGAGAACAAUCGCCCACUUGCAUACAUUUUUACAACCAGCCACAAACUCACUCUUAUAAUCUACACACACAAACACACCCAAACACACGCUACAGUCUAUCAUCAAAAAACAACAUAAUGGAAAGAUAAAACAAGAAGAAAAAGUGACAUGGAGACGUCUUUUAAUAAAAACAAACAAAAAAUAUUAUAAAUAUAUAAACGAAUUGACAGUAAUUAUAUGGUAAAAAAAAAUAAUGCAAACAGCAGCAAAACAGAAAAAAAAACAUAAAGAAAGAACAAACAAAC